AUGAAUUGGAUUGUUGAACAAUUUUUAAUGCCAAAUAUUGCUCGUUUUGGUGUUCCAAAUUUUACUUGGAAAGAAUUAUAUACUCGUAGUUCACUUCAAUUAUCUGAUUCUAUUGACCGUUUGGGGUGGCCACUUUCUAAAGGACCAGAAAUGAUUAAUAUAGGCGCUCAUUGUAAAAAUCCAGGGGAAAUGCCAGAAAAAUUUAGAAAAUUUAUUGAAGAAGAAAAUUCUGAAGGAACAAUUUAUGUUGCUUUUGGAACUUAUCCAGAAUGGAGUUUGGCCCCAAAAAGAAUUAUUUCGGCAUUAAUUGGGGCUUUUGAACGAUUAAAUAAAUUUAAAAUUAUUUUUGCUUAUAAUGGACCUCCAAUUAAAAAUUUGAAUAAAAAUAUUUUGUUAACUAAAUGGGCACCUCAAUUGGAGAUUUUAGCACAUCCAAAAACUAAAGCUUAUAUUACACAUGGAGGAUUGAAAAGUGUAAGAGAAGGUUUAUGUUCUGGUGUUCCUUUAAUUUUAAUGCCUUUAUUUGCUGAACAAGCACACAAUGCUCAACAAUUAUUGGUUAUGGGUAUUGGACCUGUAAUUAAUAAAUAUACUUUAACUGUUGAUUCUGUUUAUUCAACUAUAUAUUCGACAGUUUCCAAUCCAAAAAAUGCUUUAAUUUCAAAACGUUUUCGUUCAAUAUUUCUCGACAGACCAAUUAAAGCUUUAGACGAAGGAUUAUUUUGGAUAGAAAGAAUUACUCGUUUAAAGCCGGGAAGAAAAGUUUAUUUUGAACGUAAGGGGAUUAAUUUAAAUUGGAUUAAUUUUUUAUAUUUUGAUUUUGUUAUUUUUAUAUUUAUUUUUAUUAUAUUUUUAAUUUUUUAG